UGGGUGUGUAAUAAUCAAGAAAAAGAAGACAUCCAUUUUAUACAAUUUGUGUUGGGUUCUAUUUUACUGCCGCCUAUUCUGUUGCUGGUUGAGAGAGAGAAAGGGAGAGAGAGAGAGAGAAGACUGAAGCUGCAGGAUCCCCACUUCAAAUGAUUUUCUCUGUAAAUUCUUCUUCCCCAUCAAUUCUCUGCAUCUGCUCUUUGUAGAUACUUCUGCUACUAUACCAAUUCUAUUUCUUGUACUACAACCUUUAUACAGCAGCUGACAUUCACCCCCCACCAACACAUACAUAUCCAUACACCUAUAUAUCACACAGCAAUCUGAUGAAACUGUGUGUUCUGAGAGAUUUCCUUUCUGUUUCACAACAAUGGCAGCCUGACAAUGCUUGAGAUUUUAGCAUAAAACACCCCAUUUCCUCUUUCCUCUCUCAUCUACUGCUAAUAAGCAACUAUCUGCUUCCCCACCAGGCACCAUGUCCACCAAAUCCAAAUCUACACUGCCAGAAACCCCUAAGAGCAAAACAUCACCUGCAACUCCUAGGGCUACUAGUAAAGUGAGCAGAGGAGCAACUAAAUUUGAUGGCGAUUCGCCUUCGCAGAACUUGCGCUCUUCGGUCGAUCAGUCUCCAAGAUCUGCAGCUCCAAAGCCUUCUGUGGGAAGGUCCACUAAGCUUGGCACUCCACCUGAUAAAAAGCCGGCUCGUGUGUUGAAGCCAUCGGAGUUACAGACAGAACUGAAUCUUGCUCAGGAAGAUCUUAAGAAGGCGAAGGAGAAGUUGGCUUCGGUUGAGAAGGAGAAAACUCGGGCUCUCGAUGAUUUGAAGGAAGCGAAGAAGUUGGCUGAGGAAGCGAACGAGAAGCUCAGAGAGGCAUUGAUAGCUCAAAAGCGGGCUGAAGAUGACUCCGAGAUUGAGAAGUUUCGCACUGUUGAGAUAGAGCAAGCUGGGAUCGAAGCGGCUCAGAAGAAGGAAGAGGAAUGGCAGAAAGAGAUCGAGGCGGUGAGGAGCCAACACGCUUUGGACGUGGCUUCUCUUCUCUCGGCCACUCAGGAGCUGCAACGGGUGAAGCAAGAGCUUGCCAUGACUUGUGACGCUAAGAACCAGGCGCUCGCCCACGCUGAUGAUGCCACUAAGAUUGCUGAAAUUCAUGCUGGGAAAGUCGAGAUUCUUUCUUCCGAACUCAUCCGAGUUAAGUCCAUGCUCGAUUCCCGGGUAGAGAGCGAGUCCACUGAGAAGAAUCAGCUAGUGGAGGAGCUGAAUCUCGAGAUAGAGACUCUGAGGAAAGAACUCGAGAUGGCAAGAAGUUAUGAAGUGAAAAUGAUGGAAAAAGAGGCUGUCUUAGAACAAUGUAAAGUCGAUUUGGAGGCUGCAGAAAUGGCUGCAUCUUAUGCACAUAAUCUCGUCCAGGAAUGGAAGAAAAGAGUCGAGGAUUUAGAGUUUCAGACUUCAGAAGCACAAAGAACUGAGAGGUCUGCAUCCGAAUCUCUGGAAUCCGCCAUGAAAGAACUGGAAGGCAGAAACGAUUUGCUGCACGAUGCAGAAACCGAGAUUGCAUCUCUCAAAGAGAAGCUGGGCUUACUGGAGUUCUCGGUUGACAGGCAAAAAGGAGAACUUGAGGAAUCAGAAUGCCAUCUUAAGAUGGCCCGGGAAGAGGCUUCAAAAAUGGCUGAGAAAGUCGAAUCCCUUAGCUCUGAGCUGGAAACCGUAAAAGAGGAUAAAAUCCAGGCUUUAAAUAAUGAAAAACUCGCAGCUAACAGUGUAGAACAACUGCUUGAAGAGAAGAACAAACUUCUUGAUGAAUUGAAAAGUUCGAGGGAGGAAGAAGAAAAAAACAAGAAAGCGAUGGAAAGUUUGACCUCAGCUUUGCACGAAGUUUCUUCAGAAGCAAGAGAAGCCAAAGAGAAGCUGUUGUCUAGCCAAGCUGAAACCGGGAAUUAUGAAACACAGAUAGAAGAUCUGAAGCAGGUACUAAAAACCACAAACGAGAGGCACGAGAACAUGCUUGGUGAAGCAAAGCAAGAAAUUGAUCUUCUUACUAACUCCGUCGAGCAGUCUAAGCAAGAUUACGAGACGUUGAAGGCCGAGCAGGAGGAAAAGGAGCGUGAUUUGAUGAACUGUGUUGUGAAAACCGAGGAAGCAAAUUCAUCAAUGGAGAAAGAAAUCAAUAGGCUCGUAAACUCGUUAAAAGAGGCACAAGAAGAUGCUUCCAAUGCAAGGGAAGCCGAAGCUCGUUUGCAAAAUUCCCUGAAAGAAACAGACUCCGAGGUCGUUUAUCUAAAGGAGGUUCUGGGCGAGGCAAAGGCCGAGAGCAUGAAGCUGAAAGAGUCUCUAAUGGACAAAGAAAACGAACUGCAAAACUUUCUUCAGGAGAACGAGGAACUCCGAAGUAGAGAGGCCUCAGCAUUGAAGAAGAUCGAGGAAUUGUCCAAGAUGCUCGAAGAAGCUUUGGCCAAAAAGCAAGCUGAAGAAAACGGAGGGCUUACAGACAAUGAAAAAGAUUCUGAUAUGCUCCCCCUCCCGAAAUCCCCUGAACAAAAUGGUGUCAAAGAUGAAAAUCCUAAGAUGGAACUCCCGCCUUAUCAGCCCUCAAUAAUGGAAGAAUUUAAAGAAGUGAAUAACAACGACUCGAGUGAUAAUCCCAAAGAGAAUGCUAUUGAAGCCAAAGAUGAAGAAAGCAAGAACGAAGAAAAAGAAGAAAGCAAGAUCGAAGAGAAGCAAGCUAAUGAUUCUGUAGAAGCUGAGUUUAAGUUUGUGGAGAAAGACUCGUCUCCAGAAAGAGAGGCCGAGGCAAAGGAAGAAGUCCAUGAGAACUAUGAGCAGCCAAACGGGGUAUCUUCAAUAGAAAAGCACGAGAAUGGAAACACCUCUCCUGUAAAGCCACAAAGCCUGAAGAAGAAGAAGCCUCUGCUAAGUAAAUUCGGAAGCCUACUUAAGAAGAAAGGCGCUGUCAGCCAGAAGUAAAACAAAACACCCACUCAUCUACCGGUUUAUACCUGACCUGUAGAGAUAUAUUUAGAUCAGAUAUUGGGACCGAAACCGUUUGCUUGAUGAUUUUUGCUGCUUAAUUCCUUUUUGUUUCCUAAUAGGCGUUAAAUAUGAAAAGAAGUUGUGUAUCAUCAUCUUUAGUUGGUUUUGUUUUUCUUCUUCUUCCCCUCUGUCUCCUUUUUGACAGCCUGUUUCUCACUAUGACAGUCAUUGUGGUUAUUUAACCUUUUUGUAUCAGUGUCUAAAUGCUUGAAACUAAAGAAAUGUAAUACUUCUUACAUCUGCUUAAUAUGGAUUUGAUAUGGCCUA